AUGAAGACCAAGGACGUCGAGACUGACCCAGCCGCAGGCUCUGAGAUUGAUGGCCAGGUGGAGGUUAGAGAACUCCGCCGCAACUUCAAUUUCUGGAGUUUAUGUGGAGUUGGCCUGAUGACUGGCAGUACAUGGCCAUCUUUGGGUGGGAGUAUUGCUGUCGUUAUUUAUAAUGGGGGUGCACCAGGUGCAAUCUAUGAACUUAUCGCCGUUUCCUGCUUCUACUGGAUGAUCGCUGCUUGCAUUGCGGAGUUAUCCUCGGCGAUCCCAUCGUCAGCCGGAGUUUACCAUUUUGCCUUUGUUGCCAGCGGCCCCAAGCAUGGCCGUGCGGCCAGUUGGUUCGCAGGGUACUUCAACGGUCUUGCGUGGACUUUUGGCGCGGCCAGUGUUAGUUCCGUUGUUGCCAAUCAGAUCCUUGCUCUGUAUCAACUGUUCCAUCCAAGCUACGAGGAGCAGAGAUGGCACCUAUUUAUCAUAUACCUUGGGUUCAUCUGGAUCAGCUGCACCAUAGUUCUCUUUGGCAACCGUAUCCUCCCUAUCAUGGGCGAUCUUGGAGCUUCCCUUAUUAUCAUUGGGUUCCUCAUCAUCGUCAUCACUUGUGCCGCCAUGCCCAAUCGUGCCGGGGCUGGCUAUGCUGACAGUAGCUUUGUGUGGAGCGACUGGGUGAACCUCACUGGCUACAGCUCCGACGCGUUCGUCUUCAUGAUGGGCAUGCUCAACGCUGCGUACGCCGUUGGCACGCCUGACGUUGUCACCCAUCUCGCCGAGGAGAUUCCCGAGCCACAGAAGAACAUUCCCAAAGCCAUCGGCAUCCAGAUGGUAAUUGGCUUCGUCACCGCCUUUAUCUUCCUGAUCACAACCUUCUACGCAGUUCACGAACCCAGCGAUCUGUUCUCCCCGACAUCCUCGCUCUUCCCCAUGGUAGACGUCUUCAUUCAGGCUACUGGGACCAAAGCAGGUGCUCUGGGACUUGUUAUUGUCAUGAUUGCCCCAGCUUUGUUCAUGAGCGUGGGCGGCUUCCUUACCGCUUCCCGCAUCGUUUACACCAUGGCUCGAGAUCACGGCACUCCCUUCAGCGCCACCAUGGCCCAGAUCCAUCCACGCUGGGAAAACCCCUUCGCAGCGACGCUCUGCUGUGCCAUCCUCUCGACGCUGAUGGGUUUCAUCUAUCUCGGCUCGUCGACCGCCUUCUACGCCUUUGUCGGCUGCUUCGUCAACCUCACUAUACUGUCAUACUUCGGCGCCAUUUUCCCCUACCUCAUUACGGGCCGCAAGUACGUCACACGGGGCUGGUUCCGCAUGCCUAAUUACCUGUUCGUCCCCUUGGCGACCCUGUCAUGCCUAUACGUUGUCACAUUUUUCGUCAUCUUCUGCUUUCCGCCAGCUCUGCCAGUCGAUGCCGUCAAUAUGAACUAUACAAGCGUCAUGAUUGCUGGCCUUUCGGCUCUAAUGGGGAUCUACUGGUUUCUCAAGGCUCGUUAUCAGUACAAAGGGCCAGAUGAUGAACUGCUCCAGCGGCUUACAGGUGGUAACGUCCACGUCCACGCUGCUCCGGAAGAGGCCAUCUUUUCUGAUGGAAAGGCAGAGGGGGAGCACAGUUCGGCGUAG